AUGUUCAAGAGAUUUUUCGGUAACUCUAAGUCGAAUAGCCAAUCAGAGGCUCCUGAAGUGACUCAGGAACGGCAGAGGGAAGAAUCGGAUCUUAAGGCUACUGAGGCUAUGAUGAAGAUUAGGGAAACUAUGGACAGCUUGCAAAAGAAGAUUGACAAAAACCAAAAGGAUCAAGACGAAGCUUUUGCUCGUGCGAAGGCGCUUAAAGCAAAGAAUCCGGAGGAUCCCGCCAUCAAGCAAGAGUUGAUGAAGGUCAAGAAGUGCCGAGAACGAAUUACUCAGUACAAUAAUAUUCUGCUACAACAACAAUCAACUCUAGGUACGGUAGAUGAUAUGCAAUUUAUCAAUGAAAUGGUUACUGUGAUGGAGACUACCAAGAAAGCUCUUGAAUCUGCCUAUGCUGAUUCCGUGGAAAAACUUCAAGAUCUGAUGGAAGACAUUAAUGAAAAAGUUGCAAAUGUGAAAGACAUGAUGGAUAUACUUACCGAAACUCCUGAAGAUCCUGAUGUUGACGACCUGAUGGAGGAGUUGGACAAGGAUAUAGCCAGGGACCAAGAACAGAAAACAGCGUUACCAAAUGUACCUGAGACUGCUCUUCCUAGUGUUCCUUCUACGGUUAAAACAGGAGAAGUCAAAACUGAAGAUGAUGAUUUAGAAGCUAUGCUAGAAAAUUUGUGUAGUGUUUGA